CGCUGUAUCAUGGCGAUCCCCUUUUUGUACCGUGCUUACCUUUACGAGUACCGGUAGGAGUAUUCGUACGAGUACGAGGAUCAGCUGCAUUACGCAUUUGCAUUCAGUAGAUCUCGUUGGCUGCUCGUUUUCGGCAUCACGAAGAGAGAAGCCAUUUGUGACAAGGACAAAGAGAGCGAACGUUUCGAUAACAAUUACUUUAAAGAGUUUCUCGAAAUACUGAAGGUGACAGGCGACAACAUAAAAAGAUGUCAUUGAAAUUGCGGGAUCUGAUCCGCAAGGUGCGGGCAUGCAAAACCGCCGCCGAAGAGCGUGCGGUCAUUGCGAAGGAAUCGGCAAUGAUUCGUACCGCAAUUCGUGAGGAGCAAGAACACUAUCGGCACCGCAAUGUAGCCAAGCUCUUGUUUAUGCACAUGUUAGGUACGUAGCGGGAGUCAUGGUCACUAAUAUCUGGAAACUUCAGACAAGUUUUUGACAUAGGAUACAUCAGAAAGAUCCAUCCCCUUCUUGUCGUUGCAGUUCUUGCGCCUCUGCGCGUUUUUUACGGCUAAUUUUAAUUUUUACGAUGGAAUCUGUCUAAUUUUGCGUYCGAUUCGUUGUUCUUUCUGCAGGAUACCCUACACACUUUGGUCAAUUGGAGUGCUUAAAGCUUAUCGCAUCACCUCACUUUCCCGAAAAGCGCAUUGGCUACUUAGGAAUGAUGCUGUUGUUAUCCGAAGAAGCAGACGUCUUGAUGUUGUCCACAAAUUCACUCAAAAAUGACUUGAACUCCAAAAACAAGUUCAUUGCAGGAUUAUCUCUCUGUACGAUCGGUAACCUUGCAACACCAGACAUGUCCAGAGAUUUAGCUCCGGAGGUAGAUAAGCAUCUUAAAGCAGGUAUGCCGUACUUGCGAAAGAAAGCAAACCUCGCGAUGGCUCGGUGUCUUACAAAAUGUCCUGACAUGGUAGAAGAUUUUGUAGAUCGCGUUGUAACAUUGUUGAAAGACAAGAACCACGGCGUUCUCAUCACAGUAGUGCAGUUGAUGACCCAGGUUCUUAUGAUCGAUUUGAAAAAUGCGGAAGAAGAGGGCGAAAACCCAUUCGAUACCGACUGCCGGAAGGCAUUUCUUCGAUUGGUGCCCAUGCUGGUCAAAAUGUUGCGGAAUCUUUUGGGUUCUGGAUACUCUCCAGAAUAUGAAGUGGCAGGUAUUUCUGAUCCGUUCCUCCAGGUUCAAUUAUUGACGCUUCUUCGUUUGCUAGGCGCCAAGAACGAGAAGGCAUCUGAAGAAAUGAACGAUGUUCUCGCGCAGGUCGCAACGAACACGGACUCGUCAAAGAACGCAGGGAAUGCCAUUUUAUACGAAUGUGUUCAGACCGUAAUGGGAAUAGAAAGCGAAGACGGGCUACGUGUGCUCGCAGUCAAUAUUCUGGGUCGAUUUUUGCUGAAUCGUGAUAACAACAUUCGAUACGUUGCUUUGAACACUCUCUCGAGAUGUAUCGUGGAACAACAGCAGACGGAUGAUGGAAGUAUUCCAACCGAUUCUGCAAACACUGCCUCUGCCGCGUUACAGAAGCAUCGAAAUACCGUCGUUGAUUGCUUGAAAGAUCCUGAUAUCAGUAUCCGACAACGAGCUCUUGAACUGAUUUAUUACAUGGUUAACCAAGAAAAUGUCGAAUCGUUAGCUUCGGAGCUGCUGAAUUACUUGGUUCUUUGCCCGCGGGAACAUCGUCGGGACAUUUGUACCCGUAUCUUCCGAGUCGUCGAAAAGUUUAGUCCUGAUGACAGAUGGCGAGUGGACACUUUGAUUACCAUGUUAACCAUAGCUGGGAGAGAGGCUUCCCGCGACGUCCAGAGCGCUACAAUCAUUUAUAUUUCAAGAUCACCCCCGGACAUUCAUGCUUAUGCGACACACAAGCUAGUUAAGGCUAUUCGUGAUGAUGAUGGAACACAACGAGGUCUUCUGGUAGUUGGAAUCUGGUGCAUCGGUGAAUUUGGUGAUCUUAUUUUGAAUCCUUACACAUACACGCCUAUGGCAAGAAGUGAUGACCCACCGAACAGUGUUCCAGUUAGUAUUACUUUCGAAGCUCUCGAUUGUGUUUCAGUGGUGAAAGCAAUUCAAGCUGUCGUUGAACGACAUUCCUGCCCAUUGUUCAUCAAAGAGCGUGCUUUGACUUCUUUCGCCAAACUUAGUGAUCGUUUUUCUGAUAAGGGUGAUGCAAACGCUCUGGAAAUGAUCCAAAAGCUCAUCAAGAAACACGAUAUGUCUCAUUCCCUAGAACUUCAGCUGCGAGCAUGUGAAUAUGAUUCAUUAAUCAAUGCCUGCAAGGGAAUCAAAACUUCGAUAUCAAAGCCAUCUGGAGAAGAAGAUUUGUUUGGUGUUACAGGGGGUGCUGACAAUGGUUCAGUUAGUGCCUCGGUCAUCCAGGCUGCAAAAGAAGCCCUUUCAAGAAUGCCUGUAGUUGACUUAAAGGUACUUCAAAAGAAGCAGUCAGAUACUUUUGGCAGCUCCCCAAUGACUCGAAAUGCAGACGUCGUUAACAAUCCUGCUGGUGAUGGUGGUGGAGAUUUACUAGACCUUAAUGACAUGUUUGGAACACCUGCACCGACCCAAAAUGGGUCCAGCGGUACCGGAGCACCGAAGAGUGAUAUGGAUCUAUUGACUGACAUUUUUGCUGCACAGCCUGCUCCGGCUGCUGCCUCGUCUGCUGCUGGAGGAGGAGGAUACGACCCAUUUUCUGCACCGGUGCCCCAAUCAAAUUCUGUUCCUGCAGGACCAGCAAAUCCCCUCGAUAUUUUUGGAGCUGCACCAGCRAUGCCAGCCGCUGCACCUACACUCCAAGCCAGCAAUCCCCUCGAUGUUUUUGGCGCUCCACCAGCAAUAUCACAACCAGCGUCUUCCUCAGAUAUGAAUGAUUUGUUCGGAUCAACUCCCGCAUCGACUGGGAGUGCUCAAACUAUGAAUCCAGCUGUCAAUAGCGGUCCACAGUCCGUCGUAGUCCCUGCGUUUAAUCAUGAAGGUUUGACAAUAGAAUUUGAAUGUUUAAAACCUGAAGUGUGGAACAAACAAAACUCUGUGCUGAUUGCUAAGUGCAAAAAUGCAGCUCCUGAUGCCCUCUACGGGUUUAAUUUACAAUGUGCAGUUCCGAAAUACAUCAUCAUGGAAAUGGAACCUCCAUCUUCAACUACUGUACCGGUGACUGGUGCGAACAAUUCAACGAUUGUCACACAGAAGGUUAAGGUUACAAAUACACGGUUGGGGGAAAAAAAUUUGGUCCUUAAACUGAAAGUGAGCUUUACACUCCAGGGAAAGAAAGUAGAGCACAUGGCUACUUGCUCAGGAUUUCCAAGCGGAGAUUACUAACAUAAACUAAGAUUUUUCUUUCAACUAGAAGUAUUAUUUACUAAAAUUUAGUUUGUGUC